GGAGGGCGGUGGCGGCGUCUUCUUGACGGGGCGCAGGCCAGAGCUGGGUGAGGAGAAAUCAUUAUAGAUUCUAAAAAUAUUUUUUUCCCUUCUCUAUGGACUUAACAUAAAAAUAGGUUUGUUUGUAUUUGGAAUUGUUUUCCAAAGUCAAUAUCCCAAACCUAGAUUAGGUACAAAAAAAUUAGUUUCCAAAAAAAUGAGUUGUGGAAAUGAAUUUGUGGGAACAUUAAAAAAAAUUGGUUACCCCAAGGCCGAUGUUCUUAACGGAGAAGAUUUUGACUGGUUGUUUGAGACAGUUGAAGGUGAAUCAUUUUUGAAGUGGUUUUGUGGGAAUGUGAAUGAACAGAACGUGUUGUCUGAAAAAGAAUUGCAAGCUUUCAGCGCUCUUCAAAAAUCAGGCAAGCCCAUCCUAGAAACAGCAGCACUGGAUGAAGUUCUUAAAACCUGUAAAGCUUCUGAUUUGAAGACGCCUACUGUGGAUGACAAAGAGCUAGAGAAAUUAGAGGAUGAAAUUCAAACUCUGCAAAAAUUAAAGAACCUCAAACUUCAACGACGGAAUAAAUGCCAGUUGAUGUCUUCGGUAACUAGCCACAGAUCUCUGAAGUUAAAUGCCAAAGAAGAAGAAGCCACUAAAAAGCUGAAGGAGAGUCAAAAAUUUCUAAAUGCUGCGAAUACUAAAAUCAGUAACGACCUUCAGUCUCUUACCCAUGGAGUUGCAAAAUUGAUGAUGUUCUUCAAACAUUCUAAUAUAGGGCAAGGGACGAAUCCACUGGUGUUUUUAUCUCAGUUUCCCUUGGAGAAGUAUCUAAGCCAGGAGGAGCAAAGCACAGCAGCAUUAACCUUCUUUACCAAAAAACAGUUCUUUCAGGGGAUACAUGAAGUAGUUGAAAGUUCAAAUGAAGAAAAUUUUCAACUAUUAGAUAUACAAACACCAUCUCUUUGUGAUAACCGAGAAGUCCUUGAGGAGAGGCGGCUAGAGAUGACCAGGCUACAGUUAGCUUACAUUUGUGCUCAACAUCAGUUAAUUCAACUGAAAGCAAGUAAUUUGAGCAUGAAGUCAAGUAUAGAAUGGGCCGAGGAGAAUCUGCAUAGUCUAACCAACAAGGCUGUUGGCAAAGAAAGUUUGGAUGCUAACAUUUCUAGCUUGACCAGUGAAAUUCUAAAACUUGAAGAACAAAUCACUCUUAUAAAAGACGAAAGUUUGCCUGCUGUGGUAAGAGAGAAUGCCCAGUUGUUGAACAUGCCAGUUGUAAAGGGAGAUUUUGAUUUGCAGAUUGCCAAACAAGACUAUUAUACAGCAAGACAAGAAUUAGUUUUAAAUCAGUUAAUAAAGCAAAAGGCAUCAUUUGAACUUCUACAAAUAUCAUAUGAAAUUGAAUUGAGGAAGCACUGGGACAUAUAUCGUCAACUUGAAAAUUUGGUUAAAGAGCUUAGUGAAAGCAAUGAGGUGCUGUACCAGCGGUUAGAAGUGCUGACGGACUCCUCAGUAACUCAGCAGAAAAACCCCAGGACGACUAUUGACACCAAGGAUUAUUCUACGCAGAGGCUUUAUCAACUUUUAGAAGGAGAGAAUAAGAAAAAAGAGUUGUUUAGAACCCAUAGUAACUUGGAGGAAGUGACUGAGAAAUUGAAGCAGGAUGUUUCUUUAUUACAAGGUCAGCUGGCAGCAUCUGCUCAAGAACAUUCUUUCUUUCUGUCCAAACUGAAUGAUGGUGUGGACCUGCUUUGUGAUGCUUUGUAUCAAGGAGGAAAUCAGCUUUUGCUUAGUGAUCAGACUCUAAUGGAGCAGUUUCAUCAAGUUGAAUCUCACUUGAAUAAGUUAAAUCAUCUCCUUACUCAUAUUCUUGCUGAUGUGAAGGCAAAAAGAAAAAUUUUGGCAGCUGAUAAACUGCAUCAAAUGGAAAGAGAAUUAUAUGUGUAUUUUUUUAAAGAUGAAGAUUAUCUGAAACGUAUCGUGGAGAAUUUAGAAAAUCAAUCAAAGAUAAAAGUUGUUGGCCUUGAAGAUUGAAAAUUACUAAAAUAUGAAUCUUUUAUUAUUAUAUUGAUUUGAAAUAUGCUAUGUUUUAAUGUAUUACAUGUUAGGAGGACAGUAUACCAUAUGUAAAAAACUAUUAAAUUUUUAAAUUCACUGUCAUUGGAACAUUUCAUUUAAUGAACUCAAAUAUUACAUCAGUUUUUUCCCCUCAUAAUAAGAUACUUGUUCAAAGUACCCCAGUGCUUUUUAUGACUUGAACAUUUGCUUGGUGGCACUUCAGUGGGUGAGAUAUUUAGUCCUGGUAAUUUUUACUUUCGGGGAAAAAACAUUAUUAUAUAAUGUAAAUAUUUUUUAAUACAGUGGUUAUAUCUCUCCUUUACUAUUUUUUUGAGAGAUGAUAAAAAAUAACUUGAAGUAGCAUAUUUAUCAGAUAUCUCAAAAGCUUCUAGAGUGCCCAGUUUAUACCUGGCCUGUAUUAAAUACCAUGUGAACUUUAUAGAGAAAUAAAGAGAAGGCAUAGAUACCACCUUCAAGAAAAGGCCUUACCUGUUUUUAAUAUGGAAUACCAAUCUAAAGUCUACACGUUUUAGGUGGUCUUUAUGGAAUUACUUUUCAGCCACAACCAUCAGAAGAUGGGUGUGCUUAGGUAACCAGUGAGCUCUGUUGACUUUUGUAAUCCAUUGACCAAAAAUAUUUUUGCUAUUUACUGUAUUUGUACAUUAAGAAUUUAUAUUUAUGAAGUAGAUCUUGAUAUACUUGAAAAAUUUGCAACAAUAAAAUUUUGUCUAAGAUUUUGUUGUCA